GUUGGAUUAGUAGCUUAGAUAACUUGUCAAUUCCAUUGCAUAAUUUGCAUUUGGUUCUUGACUAUAAAUACAGUGCCAUCCAUGAAGGUUGGGCACCAGCAAAGUACUACAUCUGUUCUUCCUUCUCUCUUCAAUCUCAAACAAGAAUCAUCAUACCAUUCACUAGAAACAUGGCUUGCCAUCAAAGAUCUUCAAGUCUUCCUUCAGGGCCUCACUCAACUGUGGCCAAAGUUGAAGAAGAACUCCAGGGUCUAAAAGCACACAUCUCUUCGCCUUCCGUGACCGUCGCCGCAAUAUGUGAUGGCUUGAGGAAGCUUGGAGAUGUGUACAACAGCAUAGAGGGGAUCAUGUGCUUGCCCAGCAACCAAGUUGGCCUCUCCUUGCCCCAGCAGAAGCAAAUGGUUGAGGAAGAGCUUGACAGGUCCCUUGUUCUGAUUGAUCUGUGCAACUCCAUGCAAGAGAACUUAUCAGAGCUGAAGAUGAGCAUCCUGGAAUUGCAGCUGGUCCUCAAGAGAGGAGAUCAUGCAGCUAUUCAGCUCAAGUUUGAGUCUUUUGUUCGUAUAGCGAGGAAGGCGCAAAAGCCUUUCAAGAAGACAGGCAGCAAGGCAACUGCUGAAUGUUGCAAUUUGGUUAGGAUAAUGGCUGAAGCCAGAGAGAUGGCUGUCUCUUUGCUUGAUACCACAUCAGGCCUCUUGGUGAAGAAGAUUGGUGCACCCAGUUCAAGCAAAUGGUCUCUUGUCUCCAAGAGGUUCCAGAAAAAAAAUGUUGUUUGUGAUGAGGAACAGUUGCAAGCACUAGAGCGUGAAAUUGGAGAUCUUGAGAAUGGAGCUGAGUUCCUCUUCAGGAGAUUGAUCCAGACCAGGGUCUCUCUGCUGAACAUCCUUAGCUCCUAGACUCUCUUGUUGCUCUUUGGUGCUUGUGAUUGGCAUCUACAUUUUAGAGGAUCUGUCAAUCUUCUAAGACAUUUUAUGUUAGGAUAGCACACCAAUUGUAUAUAGUUUGAUCAAAUUAAAGAAAAAAAGUUUUGACCA